AAUAAGACGUCAGGACGAGUUGGUGUCAGGAACAUCCGUGAGGUUAUGGUUGCAGGAGGUUAACAUUAAAUAAUACACGUGUUAUCAUACUUUUUCACUAUACAUAUUCUUUAAAGAGGGAUAUAGAGCCAUGAAUCCUGAUAUCAUGAAAGAACGGCAAAACGCCACUUUUGACGUCGACAAACUGACCAACAUUUUGGACGGGGGCCCUGAGAAGACCAAAAGAAGGCGAGAAAUUGAGUCAAUGGUUCUCAGCGACCCAGACUUUAAGGAGAAGGACCCAAACUUCCUGUCCCGCAGUGAGCGCUAUGACCAGGCUGUUAAAAAAAGUGCCCAGAUGAUCCUGAAGCUCAGAGAGUAUGGCAUUGCAGACCCCGAGGAGAUCUACUGCUAUAAGAAUAUGAUUAGAGGCAACUAUCAUGAGGCCAUGGGGCUACACUUUGUCAUGUUCAUCCCGACCCUGUACAACCUGUGCGAUGCUGAGCAGUCCAGGAAAUGGUUACCCCUGGCAGAGUCCUUCCAGGUCAUUGGCACGUAUGCCCAAACUGAGCUGGGUCACGGCACUCACCUUAGAGGGCUGGAAACCACAGCCACAUAUGACCCAGCCACACAGGAGUUUGUCUUGAACAGUCCCACCAUCAGCUCCAUCAAAUGGUGGCCUGGAGGACUUGGAAAGACCUCAAACCAUGCCAUAGUUCUAGCCCAGCUUUACACACAGGGAAAUUGCCAAGGACUGCAUGCUUUCAUUGUGCCUAUUCGCGAUGUGAGCACACAUGUACCGUUGCCAGGUAUUGUUGUUGGAGAUAUCGGCCCCAAGUUUGGCUUUAGUGAGGUUGACAACGGCUUCCUGAAACUAGAGAAUGUACGAAUCCCAAGGGAGAAUAUGUUGAUGAAAUACGCCAAGGUGGAGCCAGAUGGAACCUAUUUAAAGCCACCAAGUGCCAAGCUGACCUAUGGCACCAUGGUGUUCAUCCGCUCCAUGAUUGUAGGCGAGUCAGCUCGGGCCCUCGCCAAGUCCUGCACCAUUGCCAUCCGCUACAGUGCUGUUCGUCACCAGUCUGAAAUCCGGCCGGGAGAGGCAGAGCCCCAGAUCCUCGACUACCAGACGCAGCAGUACAAACUGUUUCCUCUGUUGGCUACAGCCUAUGCCUUCACUUUUGUUGGCCAGUAUAUGAAGCAAACCUACCACCGCAUCAGCGGAGACAUCAACGAGGGGGACUUCAGUGAACUGCCUGAGCUCCAUGCCCUGUCUGCUGGUCUGAAGGCCUUCACCACGUGGACAGCUAAUGCUGGGAUUGAGGUUUGCCGUAUGUCAUGUGGUGGCCACGGCUACUCUUGCAGCAGUGCCCUGCCAAGCAUUUACGUCGAGUUCACCCCUACAUGCACUUACGAGGGUGAGAACACAGUCAUGAUGCUGCAGACUGCAAGAUACCUUGUGAAGAGCUAUCGGCAGGCUAAAGCAGGCCAACAGCUGAGUGGCACUGUGUCAUAUCUGAAUGAAGCAGAGCAUCGGAGGGUCCAGCCCCAGCCUGUCGCUGCCAGACCAACGGUAGUCAACAUCAACGACCUUGCUAGCCUGGUGGAGGUCUACAAACUACGAGCUGCCAUUCUAGUAGAACUGGCAGCAAAGAGCAUCCAGCAGGAGUUGCAGCGCAGGAUGAGCCAGGAGGACGCCUGGAACAACAGUGCCAUCGACCUGGUCAGAGCCUCAGAUGCCCACUGUCACUAUGUAGUAGUGAAGCUCUUUACUGACAAGCUGGGGGAGAUCAGUGACACAGCGAUACACUCGGUGAUGUCAACCCUGGCUCUGCUCUACGCCCUGUAUGGCAUCACAAAGAACACUGGAGACUUCCUACAGGCUGGACUGCUGAGUGGGCCCCAGGUGCUGCAGAUUUCUACCCGUAUCAAGGAGCUGCUUUCUCAGCUGAGGCCCAACGCUGUGGCGCUGGUAGAUUCCUUUGACCUCCACGACAAGAAGCUGAAUUCGGUCCUUGGACGAUAUGAUGGGAAUGUCUAUGAGCACAUGUUCGAGUGGGCUCGCAAUUCACCCCUAAACGCUACAGAGGUUCAUGAGUCCUUCCACAAAUACCUGAAGCCCCUGCGGUCCAAACUGUGAGCUGACCCUUGCACCUUAAUUCCUCGCCUUGACCCUUCAACUUUGUGCAUAUAGGCACAACCUUAGCAGUGUUAUAUCAACCCCAUGAUGGUCGUCACCCACAAUCAGCUGGUAAUUACCAGUCUGAAGGAAUUAAGCCUUCGUUCUCUUUAUAUGCGGUCAAAUUGAACGCCGUAAUAAGCCUCUGUAAAGGUCAUGGUGUGCUAUAACAGUUUGAAGCAGUGUAGACCACAAGCUUGUGAUCCUGGGUGAUCGGGGAUGAUUGGGAAAUCUCAGUAGGUUGUAAACAUAGGGUAAACAAUAUGAAAAUAAUACAAAAAAUCUCAUUAUUUGGAGCCCAAAAACAGCUUCAAGAUUUCUGAAAAUUUUCAGCUUUAGUUUGCCAUGUUUUCUGUAGAGAAAUUCCAUUGUAAAGUUUCUGAGUAUUUCUUCCCCAUCUUCACUUUCUGCUGUGUGCCUGCUGACUCCUCUGUGUGAGCCAGUCAAGAUGGAAAUCUCAUCUCUUUUUUUUCUUUUCCAACAAGAACAGAAUGUUAUGAACGUUACAUAAUGCUAGAGGGUUUUAUAUUAGGAACAGACCAACAGCAAAAUCAGUUUUGGUUGUUUCCCCUGACUACAUGGACCAACGUGUUAUUUGAAAAGACAAUGUCCUGUUUGUCAUAAUUGCUAUUAAAGAAACAUUCAUCUACCCAUGACCUUUAGCAAGUGCUGUCAGCAUUAAGAAGGAAUUACACAAGGAUAAUUCAACUUCUUCACUUUUCCAUACCCAUGAAUUAUGGUGUUAUAUGGUCAUAAUGUAGUUUGCAUGAGAUAAGCACUGGGCAGCCUAAUAAAUUAGAGCAGAGGUCCAUCAGAAAUAUCAAAUGAAGAUAUAAAAACAGUUUAGCAGCAGCUGUAAGAAUUUUAAUUACUAUGCCUUAAAAGUCACUGUCAAAUUGUUCCUCACAGCCUUAAUGAUACUUUACCUAAAAUGUAUGCUUUAAGGAGCAAAUACUGUCCUUCCAUGAGCUACAAAAAGUUUAUGUAGGUCAUUUCCUCCUUUGUUGAGAACAGUGGCUGUUCUCCUCCUUAAUGUCAGUCACAAUGAUCUCCAAUGCUAAGAAGCUCUUACGAGACAGAAAAAACACAUAGAAUCUUCCAGUUGUUGUAUUUCAAUUACAAAUGUAAAACACUCUGCCUUUAUUCUCAGUCCCACCACCUGUAAUCCUAAAUAACUUUGUCAUACUUCAAUAAAAUGUAGGUUAUAUAUUUAGCUGUACUCCACUUACACAAGCUGAGCUCAAUGGAGAGCAGAGAGGCCCACCAACAGACACUGUAUGAGACAGUGAGAUGAUUUGGUGGCUUUCCAAGAAUGACUGGAGAUUAAAUUAAACACUUUGGGGAACUUGCUCAAAAUGCCUGAUUUUCUGAGAAAAUUAGCUGACUUUCUGGAUUGACAUCAUGUACGGCAGUUCUCUGUUACGGUUUGUGUUCAGUCAUUAGAUUUAAAGAUUACACUGUUAUGUGCGUCCAUGUGCUUUCGAAUGCGUUUGUGGGACAGAAAGCUUUCUGCAAUAAUGGUGAAAAAAAAGUGUGUAAAAAGGCCAUAUAGUGUAUGCACUAUAUAUGUGAAUUAGUAUUCUCCCUCCCUGCUGUGUGGGGUUGAUAUAAGAAGGGCUAAGACCACACCCAACUUCUUUGUUUGUUUGUUUUUUUAAUCCAGCACAUUUCAAAUCAGUUUGAAGUAUUUGCAAAUUUGAGAUUUUUUUCCAAGAUGAAUCCUUUCAUGUUUUCGUUAUUAAAGGCUCAGACAUUUACAAAUUGACUUAUUUCAUAAGUAUAACUUCUUAUUUAAUAGAAUUUGUGUUUAAAAGUAGCAACAGAACGAGGAAAUAAAGAUAAUUUAUGGCUGUAAUGAUACUAUGAUGAAAAGGAGAUCUUUAAUCUGAAGCCUCACUGAACUGUGGAGAUGAUUAGUGGGAUUAUCAUGUGCCUGGUGAAGUUGUCUUUUCUUAAUCUAACUAAUAGAGAAUGUUCUCUCAAACAGCUCAUAACAUUUCACUUUCUGUAUUUGACUGUUAGUCAGCUACUUUCUACUGCAAGGGCACCAUUAUUGGUAUGUAAUGACGAAGCAGUUUAUUUAGUAGACUUGAGUUGUAAUUUGUCGACAUUUUUUGUUGAUUAUGAUGAUUUUAAACAACAUGAUUUUAAUGGUUGUUGAAUAAUUUUUAACUGUAAGUGAUAAUAAUAAUAAAAAUAAAAAUAAAAAAU